GAUGCGACAACCAGUUGUUAGAAUAUUUUUAUCAAAGUAAAUUGGAAGUUCCUUUAAAUUAGGUGGGACCGUUAGUAGACUUCAUGGUAAAUAGGUGAAGAUAGAAUAUAUGAAGAUUCUAUUGAAAAUUUAGUAACUACUGAAGCAUACAAGAUAUUUAAGCUGUCGAGUGUAAAGUUUCAUUCUGGAGGCAGGGAAGAUAUAGAUAUAGGAAUAUUAGGGAAUGGUCGACCUUAUCCUAUUGAAUUGGUUAACCCUCACUUUGGACUGUAGAAAUAAACCUAAGAAAUUAUUAAUCAAAUAAAAUCUAAGAUCAAUUCACAAAAUGUAAAGAACAACCAUUUACAUUUACUGAUACUAAUAAUUUUUUGUAGAAUUUUAGAACUUUGAAAUAAACAAUGUAGCUUAUUAAAUAAAAAAUUUUAGUCAUAAAACUGAAAACAACAAUCAGAGUUCUACAUUGAAGGACGCAAAUGGUGAGAAAUAAGAUAAUCCAUUCGUUAUUGAUCAAAUAGAUUAAUAAGAAGUGGCUUUAGGUUUAUUUACUAAGCAGCGCCUCUACUUACAUUAAGAAAUUUAUUCACUCAGUUCAUUUCUACAGAAUGAAUGCGAUAUUCUUAAUUGA